AUGCUCUGCCCAUCUGGCUGUAAGAUCACAAGUUGUUUACUCUCUUUCUUCUCUCUCUCUCAUGACUUCUCUUCUCUCUUCUCUCUUGAGAGAACCCUCAUCCCCCCCUUUAUAGAAGAUAUUGGGCCUUUAAGUAUUAUUGCUUCUUUCUCUUUCUCUUCUUCACUAGUUGUUGCUGCUUCUUCUCUGCCAGCUCAAGCUGGUCUUGCUGCUCUGCCUCUCCUCUCUGCAGUUAUUGCACCAGCUCUGGCUAGAAAUAUUGUUGUUGCUGUUCCCCCUGCUCUGGCAGAAUUUAUCAUCUUCACUCAAUUGCCACCAGCUGGUACUUUUACUGGUGUAUUGCAGACUAAUUCAGUGGUUCUUCCAGGCCUCCCACCUCAUACUGGGGCACAAGCUUUGUCUGCUCACAAAAGAGUAUGGUGUCACAAGCCUAUUCAAAGAUCCAUGCUUAUUGCUGGUUUGAAUAAUUCAAAUCAGUUAACUGUGCAUGCUUAG